AUGCGCGAGCAGUUCUCCCAAAGCAAGUCGAGUACCAAGGACAAAGCACUCCCAAAGUUGCUGUUCAUGGGCAAAUUCAACUUGAAAGAUGAGCAGUUUCUCCAGGGCCUUCAGGAUGGUGAGUUCUUUGAGAGCAGGGACAGCAGUGGUCGCCUUGUCUACAGUUGGACCCAGUUGGAGCAGGUUGAGAGCAGGGGUUCUCUUACAACCGUUUCAAUGGCAGCCAAGCAGGAGCUCGACAAGAACCAGAAGCAGGUUGAGGCUGGAGCUUUUGACUCUUGGAGGGGCGGUCUUUUCUCCAGGGACAAGACAAAGGCUCUCCAUGAUGCAGCUUCUUCUGGCAGCGCUCCACUUGCCCUGUGCGACCGAGAGACUGAACUGGGGGAGAAAGAGCUGGCCAUGAGCAUCAUGAAUGAGAAGCGCGAUGUGGACCAUGUGCUCAGCUGGAAGGAACUUCCAGAUGGUUCUUGCCUCACUGGUGCUAAGUAUGACGAGUUUAUCCAAGGCAGUGGCAAUAGGGCUGUGAAGCUUGAGGACCAGGUUGCUGGCAUCAAGGGGCAGUUGAGCGCUCGACUUGCCAGGUCCAAGAGGACCACUUGA